ACUAAGACAUGCUAGAAAUCAGGUAUCUGUCAAUCGGCUCACAACAGUACAACAUUUGUUAUUCUCAAAUGUCUAAACCUAAAGCCUAUACUGGUCACAGUCCCAACGGUUCAUACGGUAUUUCGAUGGAAUCCGGGAGUUUCUGUGCAACCAAGCAGCAAUGUAUAAAAGUCCUGAAAUUAUUGAAUUGUUGAUCUUGGCACUUGCUGAAAGGAUUGUAAUUGAUUUUGCUGCGGUGGUGUAUUACUGUAUCAAUAAACACGGGAUUGUACCUUUGUGUUUGUGCGCAGGGUACAUACAAGCGUCUCGAGCAUUGAUGAUCGCCGCCAUCGUGUUCGGGACAUUUGGGCUUGUGGGAACUCUGGUUGGAAUGCAGUGCUCGAAAAUCGGAGGUGAAAACUACGUUCUGAAGGGGAGGAUUGCUGCAAUCGGAGGGGUGUUCUUCUUACUACAGGGUAUGUGUACCAUGAUUGCUGUGUCUUGGUAUGCAGCCAACAUCACGCAGGAGUUCUUUGACCAGUUCUACCCAGGGACAAAGUACGAGAUCGGAGAAGGUUUGUACAUCGGCUGGUCCUCGGCAGUACUUGCCCUGUGUGGAGGUGGUUGUCUGUUGUGCGCGUGCAGUUGUAAGGAGCCGGGUGAAAAAGUGCCUUAUCCAUACCAGCCGUCCUCCAGGGGACGUGUGCUGUCCACUACUUCCCGGUCUGCCCCCAGCAACUAUGGAAGAAAUGCAUACGUGUGACACGUUACUGGGACGAAAGUUGAGUUGAACUCAUUACAGAGCAUUUUCAAGAGGAAGAUAUGAUCAAAUAUUGAAAUGUGCAAUCAAAUCUGAAUCUUUUUUUUUUUUUGGUACUCGUUUUGAAUUAUAACUUGUAACGUUAAUGCGCUGUGAUGUUCAUGCACCCUUUCCCAUAUGCUAAAUAAAGCAGGACAGUAGUAGAGCAGUAAAGAUAACAGUAUCUUCAGAGCAAUGACAACAGUGCGCAAAUAUGAAUUGCUACUGUGCUUCAGGAACCUGCGGUGAAGUGAAAGCAAGUGAUUUUUGCAAAACAUGAUCAAGGUCGUAUUACCAUUGAUUAACUUUGUAUUUAUGAGGGUUUUUUUUUUACAUAGUAUAAAGUAGAAACGUGAGCUCAUCAGCUGUUGUGUUUAAUAUGCACACACACAUUAGGAACAUCGUGAAUUUGAUGUAUUUCGGGAAAAUAGUCAUAUUUAUGACAUAGAUAGCUGCCAUAUGAGGGAGUAAACACUUUGGUUCCUGUAAUUUUCAUUGUUUUAUAUUAAAAAAACAAGUAUAAAAAAAAGUUUGUAGUAAUUCUGACGAGGAACAGGGAACGUACAGUAUGUACAUGCUAACAA